CAGACUGCCUGGCCUAUCAAUGACAUUUCUCCCAUCAGGGCUCCUAUAAAAUGAUGCUUUUUCCCAUGAAACAUCAGCAAACAUUUUGACGGGUCUGGCUUUUCCCCUGCUGGAUUACUUGAGUCCCUGAGCUGCAGAGUCUCGUUGACCACAACAAAAUCCCCGGCUUGUUCUUCUUCUUUUUUUUUUCUUUUUCCUUUCUCCUUUCCUUUUUUUGGGGGGACAUUGUAUACUGUUGAUGGGAAGAGCAUGCAUUGUGGGUUAUUGGAGGAACCUGACAUGGACUCCACAGAGAGCUGGAUUGAACGAUGUCUCAGCGAAAGCGAAAGCAAACGCUACUCAAGUCAUACAUCACUGGGGAAUAUGUCCAAUGAUGAAAAUGAAGAAAAAGAAAACAAUAGGGCUUCCAAGCCACAUUCAACACCAGCUACAUUGCAAUGGCUUGAAGAAAAUUAUGAGAUUGCAGAGGGGGUAUGCAUUCCACGAAGUGCGUUGUACAUGCAUUACCUGGACUUUUGUGAGAAGAAUGACACGCAGCCAGUCAACGCGGCAAGCUUUGGCAAGAUAAUCAGACAACAGUUUCCACAGCUAACAACAAGGCGCCUUGGAACUCGUGGCCAAUCCAAGUACCAUUACUAUGGAAUAGCAGUGAAGGAGAGCUCACAGUACUAUGAUGUGAUGUACUCCAAGAAAGGAGCAGCCUGGGUAAAUGAGACAGGAAAGAAAGAGGUCACCAAGCAGACAGUGGCAUAUUCACCACGAUCCAAACUGGGAACGCUGCUGCCAGAGUUUCCAAAUGUCAAAGAUCUAAAUCUGCCAGCCACUCUGCCAGAAGAGAAGGUGUCUACUUUUAUUAUGAUGUAUAGAACCCAUUGUCAGAGGAUUCUGGAUACAGUUAUACGAGCAAAUUUUGAUGAGGUGCAAAGUUUUCUUCUUCAUUUUUGGCAAGGAAUGCCACCUCAUAUGUUGCCAGUCCUUGGUUCCUCUACGGUUGUCAAUAUAGUUGGCGUUUGUGAUUCUAUACUUUACAAAGCCAUUUCUGGAGUUCUUAUGCCUACUGUGCUGCAGGCUCUUCCCGACAGCUUGACACAGGUAAUAAGGAAGUUUGCCAAGCAGUUGGAUGAGUGGCUGAAGGUGGCACUGCAUGACCUCCCAGAAAACCUAAGAAACAUCAAGUUUGAGUUGUCAAGAAGAUUUUCUCAGAUUCUCAGGAGGCAAACAUCUUUAAACCACCUCUGUCAGGCUUCCAGAACUGUUAUCCAUAGUGCAGAUAUUACAUUCCAGAUGUUGGAGGACUGGAGAAAUGUCGAUUUGAACAGCAUCACCAAACAGACCCUGUACACCAUGGAGGACUCCCGAGAAGAGCACAGGAAACUCAUUAUUCAAUUGUAUCAAGAAUUUGACCACUUGUUGGAGGAGCAGUCACCUAUUGAAUCAUACAUAGAAUGGUUGGAUUCUAUGGUUAAUAGAUGUGUUGUCAAGGUAGCUGGAAAAAGACCUGGCUGUCUAAAGAAAGUUGCCCAACAGUUCCUCUUAAUGUGGUCCUGUUUUGGAACAAGAGUCAUCAGAGAUAUGACUUUGCAUAGUGCUCCCAGCUUUGGUUCCUUUCACCUCAUUCACCUGAUGUUUGACGAUUAUGUUCUUUACUUGCUGGAAUCGCUGCACUGCCAGGAGAGAGCUAAUGAGCUCAUGAGGGCGAUGAAGGGUGAAGAGGGAACAGACAGAAGUGAAGAUAUAAUGUUAACAGAGCCCACCCCACCUCCUCCAUCGCCGAGCCCUUACUCCCCAGCAAAAUCAGUUACUUCAGUGGAAAUCCCAUCUGCUCCAUCACCAGGAAGAAAUCACUCACCGGAAUAUACAGCCAUCACAGCUACAACAGGAGCUGUUCAAUCAUAUACAUGGUCCCUUACGUACACAGUGACAACAGCAGGAAGUAAUCCAUCAGAUGCAGCCCAGCAACUGCCAUGUAUGAGAAGUGGCCAUGUGCCCCCAGCUCCCAGCACGCACAGGAUGCCUGUCUAUCCACACAGAGAAGAUCACGGUUAUACAGGAGGCUACAACUAUGGGAGCUACAGCAAUCAACAUCACCAUCCGAUCCAGAGUCAGUACACGUCUCUUUCUCAUGAACCAGGGAUUGCCACUCCACUGCACUACCCAGCAUAUCACAGAAGCACAUCACAAUACACCCUUAACAGUCAGAUGUCUAGGAUGGAGCCUUGUCUAAUGAGUGGAGCACCAAGACUGCAUCCUACCCCUGUGACCCCACGAUGGCCUGAUGUACCCCCAACAAACAGCUGCUACACCAGUCCACCAAUGCACUCGACCAGAUAUGGCAACACAGGCGACAUGUACGCUCCUCUGACUGCCCGCAGGAACUCUGAGUAUGAACAUGUGCAACACUUUCCUGGUUUUGCUUACAUAAACGGAGAAGCCACAACAGGAUGGGCUAAAUGAUUGUGUUCUGUCAGGACCUCAGCUACACAUCUUCAGGACGGCCACAUGCAUCGAUGUGCCAGACACACUGGAAGAAGCCCCCCGAAUCACAGCUGCUUAGAAUGCCCAGCUUGUUCAACCUUAUUGAUAAAGUGUUGCUGCUACAUUGGAUUUCUCUGAAAGAUACCCGAUUCAUUCACAAAGCUAAUAUAACAGAAUACUGCAAGUCUCGAUUCUCAAAGGUGUUUUCAUACGUAGUGCACAGGCCUCUCUUCCACCAGUUCAUUUGUGUUGAACUCUACAAAGAACUGAAAGCAACAGUAAGCUGAUCUCCUAGUGGAUGCCCCUUUGUGUUAUUCGCAGAGUCAGGUAUUUAUUAGCCCCCUUUUCAACACCAUCGCUUACACUUGCUGAGCACUGCAGCAGGCUGCCCAGCCAUCCUGAACUGCAUAAGCGGGUUAGUAAAAUGGAUGGGCGGGCGGGCAGGCGGGCGGAUGGAUGGAUUAGACUGCUUCAGUAUUACACGUCUCCAAUAUUUUAAAGAAAAAGGAAAUAAAAAAUGAUUUCCUGGCAACAAAAGCAGAACGUGACUAAAGGAUUGUACCCUUUGGCCUACAUGGAAUGAAUUUAACACGUUUGUCACAAAGCUUGUAUUACCUGCUUUAUUUUCUGAUAAGGGUGCCCAGUUGAAAGUUUUGUCAUUUUUGGUGGGGCCUUUGACAGUUUAUAUGCAAUUCGUUUGCUCAAUAUCUUUUUCUGCCCUGAAGGAUCAUAUGAAGGCAAAUGCGUCACAAUUGACGCACAACUUUAAUUAUUUAUCUCAGGCAAUCUGACAUGUGGAAGUGCUCCGGCUCAGCUUGUUUCUUUUUUAUUUGUUUCAAGAAAGAAGGGCUUGAGUUUCUCUCUCAUUAGGGUAGAAACUCUAAGCAUCGGGUUUCGUGAAAUGCGUAUUUUACCACCCUGUAUACUGCAUUUGCGUACUCAAGCAGCAUCUAAGACUUGUGAGCGUUGCUACAAGUUCUUGAACUUUUCAAAGCUGUGCCUUUGAAAAGACAUUGUGCUCCAUGUGAAGAUUUGUCUUGCUGUAUUUCGGAGAGAAUUUAAUGUAGACAUAUUUUACUGUCACUUUUGUAACAGUGUGUGUAUUUGUUUGUUUGUUUUGUUUUGUUUUUAGCCAGGGAUGAUUAACCUAGAUUUUGUGUAUGAUAUAAUGCACUCAGCAAUUAUUUUGGACCUAUUACCCUAUGGGUAAGAAUAAUAAUUAAAAAUGUACAUAUAACAUUAAGAAUGUUAGUCACUUUCAUGUAAAUAAAAGCACUGGUAGCAGCCCCUGUGAUAACUUUGGUCAUGAAUUUAUUUGAAAUAUGUUGUGAUAUUUGUACAGAUAAGUUCAUACAUAAAGAAUUUAAAACUCAA